GUUUCAAGUCAGCAAUGAUGAUGAAAAUUGGGCACUUUCUCGGGCAGCUCAGGAGGAAGGAAAUGAUCACGAAAAGAAACCCCGGUUACUGCUUGUAAUAGUGCUAUCAGUUACUUCGGUCGUAAUUCUCAUAGCUUUCGUGGUGUGUUUCUGGCAGAGAGAACUAUUGAAGACAAGAGGGAUGAUUGUUCUAGGCAGAUCUAGGUCUACUAGUACAUCGGCUGUUGACAGUGAUGCUCCGAAUUUGAAAGUAUACCGCUUUUCCAGUCUCAAAGUGGCUACAAAUAACUUCUCAAGUGAAAACAAACUUGGAGAGGGAGGGUGGAUUUGGUCCCGUUUACAAGGGUAAGUUGCGGAGAGGUCCGGAAAUAGCAGUGAAAAGGCUUUCGAAAACGUCUACUCAAGGACUUCAGGAAUUCGAACAUGAGGUUAAACUUACUGCGAGACUACAACAUAUGAAUCUAGUUCCUGUUCUUGGAUUUUGCACUGAGAAGGAAGAAAAAAUGCUGAUCUACAAGUACAUGCCCAACAAAAGCUUGGACUUCUACCUUUUCAAUCUGCAAUUUUUCGUGCUUCUCCUUACAUUUUAGAAUGCAUGCUAGAAUAACAGUAAUAACAUUUACAUUGGGUCUAAGCUUAUGGAGGUGCAGAUUACUUUCAACAAAAUUUGUUUCAAUUCAUUAGAACUUCAUGUACGGAUUCUUGAAUUUUUCAUCUCGCAGAUCCUACCAGACGGUAUUUCAUGGAUUGGGGAAAGCGUGUGCACAUCAUCGAAGGCGUUACUCAAGGACUCUUAUAUCUUCAAGAAUACUCAAACUUCACAAUCAUUCACCGUGAUCUAAAAGCUAGCAACAUUUUGCUUGAUGACGAGAUGAAUGCUAAGAUUUCUGAUUUUGGAAUGGCCAAACUUUUCAGAAAGGAUGAACUCGAAGGAAACACAAGGCGGAUUGUUGGCACAUAUGGCUACGUACCUCCUGAAUACGUACGAAAAGGCAUAUACUCUAUGAAGUACGACGUCUACAGCUUCGGAGUUCUACUUUUGCAAAUGAUUAGCGGACGGAAGAGUACACAUUACUAUGGUCCGAACGAAAGUAUGCACCUCUUGGAAUAUGCAUAUGUAUCAUGGAAAGAGGACAAAGGACUGGAUUUUAUCGAUCCGUCACUUGACGAUUCUUCUUCUUCUUGUAAGUUAUUGAGAUGCUUGCAAGUGGCACUGCUCUGUGUCCAGGAAAAUGCCGACGAUAGGCCUACAAUGCUGGAAGUUUAUUCCAUGCUCAUAUCUGACACUCAAGCCGUUCCAACUCCUACAAAGACGGCUUUCUCAGUGAAAAAUUACGACAACGUGGACAACCUAUGUACCCUGCAGCCAGGAAAUUGUUCGGUUAAUGAUGCUCAGAUCUCCGAACUCCAACCCCGAUGAGAAUGCAGGCUCAAGUGAAAAUGCAGGCGCGAAUGAGAAGCGUUUAUGAGAAGAAGUGCACACAAGUUCCUAGCAAUUUUGGAUUCUUCGUCUCGUGGAAGACAUUGGAUGUUUUAAAGGUUUGGUAUUUUGUUAAAUCACCAAGUAUAUGCAAAUUUUUUGUUCUACUGAAUCUCAGGAGA